UUUAAACUUCCCAGUUUCCUACUAGCCUUAGCCGUUCCUUCUUACUUAAACUUUAAUAGCAUAUCUGCCAUUGACAAACGAGCAACUCAAACGAAGCUCAGAGACCGUAACACUGUUUGCUUUUCUUUGCUCAUCUCCAUCCCUUGGAGCUUUCCUAUAUUUUGCUAUUCUAGCUUAGGCAUCUUGCUAUCUCGGAGCCUUUCAAGUCCCCCAAAGGCUUUUGCAUGAAGGUAUGUCGCACGCCUCGGGGGAACUCAAAGGCAUUUUAUGUAUUAGUGUAUACCUUUAUUUGAAUCAUCAAAAUGGCUAUGCGUCUCGUUACCUUAGAUUUCUAACGGCCUCUUAAAGUCAGCCAAGCUCGUUUCGAUGGCAGACUCGGAUGCGCAAGCCUCUUGGGCAUGGGCAUCUCAGCCAACUCCCUCGCAGCCAUUGCCUGCCAAUGAAGCAGAAGCGCCCAAUAAUAAGGCACAGAGCACCUCUCCCGCCUUGGCCCUUCACCUGCCCAGAAGUAACACGACCAUAAAUACUACCAGCCUAUUGUCCACGACGCCAAUCCCGCCCGCGGCAAUCGUAGAGGCGGUCCAAACGGCCGAAAAGCUGGGUGCUACUACAGCUAGCGUAGCGCCUAGGCAGGAUGAAACUACCACUCAGAAGCCCGUUUUCAAGAUGAAGCGGACCGGUCUGGCAAGCCUACCACAGCUACUCACGGGACAUGACGCUUCACUAUCUCGCAGUCUCACGCCGACCACCCCGCAAGAUUCUCCUCUGGAGCCCGAGCCAGCAAAGGUUGUCAGCGAUAUUCUGGCUCCGCAGGCGCAGGCUUCUCCAACGCCAGCUAUGGAUAUCACUCCGUUGGAUGGCACGCGCAAGACCAAAUAUGCAAAUGAUGAGGAGAGGAGAAAGGCCACUAGCCUUGCCUUGAAGCAACGAUGGGCUUCUGGUCGCAUGGAUCAUGUCCACAAGAACCGGAUCGAUACGAUGAGGCGCAAGCAAGAAGCAGGCGUUUCGAUCGGUAGUCCAGGCAUCAGCAAGCCGUCGGGACCCAUGGGCGCUCCUAGACAUUCUGAGAAUGGCACAGCAGGCCUCCAUGCUCUCGCCACUCUCGCGGGGCCGACCACGGCUCCGAUACACCAUGCUAGGAAACGAAGCAUGGUUCUCGAGGAGCUUGCCCGCCUACUGGAAGACAAACCGGGAUCGACCACCCCUGCUCCAACAAGCAAUCAUGAGCCCGGAGGAGCGGAGGGACGGCCACGGCGAAGCUCGGAAUCGGAUAUUGAAAUGGUUGAGACCAGUCCGUCGCUGGAUCUACUCCAACCCGGCGACGCAGGUUACAGUGACAGUGAUAGUGAGUUUGUAGAGGAGGACUUGUCCAGCCCCCCCUCGAGCGGAGGCGAGAGUGAAGCGGACGUCAUCAUCACCGGCACUUCUACGACUCAAAGCGGCCAAGGAUCUGGCAAUCAAGUCGAAGUACAUGGCAACGCCGCAGAACUCUGGAACUAUCUCCAGCCUUUCUUGACCCGUCAUAAAGGGGCGCGAAUACCGACGAAUGGGUGGGUUCCGCAACUGAUUACGCUUCCGAAAAUUCGCGAUCUGGACUGGAACACAAGCUGGAUUGAUACCCAUCCGUACCUCGACAGCCUGCCGCGGGAUAUUUCGGCGAUUAUAAUUCAAGCGACCGGAGACCCUGCGCCACAGCCGUGCACUCGCUGUGCCUCGGGUGCAGGACUCUUCCGUUCUUGCAUCAUGAUAUCUGCCAAAGCCAGUCGCGAGCCUCUAGGGCAUGUAUUCAGCUGCGCCAACUGCUUCUACCAUUGGGGCCAGACGCGUUGCUCCCUGAAAGACUGGGGCAAGCGGCGUGCGGACCACAUCUUGAGUGGCGGACCCGGAGAGCCGAAUCGACGCUCUGGACGAACUGGGCCGCCACCUGGUGUGCUGCGUCAAGAGCUCGGCCUUGUCGACAACCAUCAACGUCUACGAGCCCGGCACGACGCCCUUGAAGUCCCCGAAACCUCCGGACAGAGCGUUGAGAGCAGUAAGGUCGAGGAAACCGAGAAGAUUGAAAAGCCAGAAUCUGUUGUCGAGACUGGGAUCAAAGAGGCGGAGCCGGGAAGGCUGUAUACGAUGUGGCCUGAUGAGAACGGACGACUUGGGCAUGUCUAUGGCGCAUUGCUUCCUACCGGUUACCAGCUUGAUGACACGAUCCCUGGCAGGCCUUGGAUCUGUCCUGUACGCACUUGUCGCAAGGUGUUUGCCUUAAGGAUAAUGCUAGGCUACCAUUUUGAGCGUGCGCACUACGCCAAUACCCUGAACGACAACGGUGACGGGACGUUCACUGUCAAGGGUGUUUACCACCAGAGACGGACGGGUAUCGGUCGGGGUGGCAAGAUCCUAAUCAAAGCGCCUCCUGUUGUCGUCUCUAAAGACCCCGCGGACGGUAGCAGCCCUAUGACAAAGCCGCAACUGCCCUCCUAUCUCGCUCACACUCAGUCGACCCCGCUGUACGCUGAAGAGAAAGAAGUCGAAACCGACACGGAGACGACGCCGGAAGUUGGCGACCCUGCCGCCCUCUGGGCAUAUAUUCAGCCGUACGUAACAGUUAGCAGGGAUCCCACGCGGAGUAGUGUCAUUAGACAUCUCCUCGAGCUCCCUCGGCGGCGAGACGUGCAGUUUACCGGGAACAAGGUGUUCGCCGAUGCGGAGACGAGAGACCUCGCAGCACUGAUCAUUCAUAUUACCGGAGAUGAAGUCAGCCGGAAGUGCCGCAAGUGCAGGGGAAACUAUGGUGUCUUUCGCGGCUGCGUCAUUCUGCCGGAAUCGGCACCCUCCGAGGUUAAAGAGCGCUAUCCGUGCUGCGCAAACUGCGUAUACCAAGGCCACAAACUGGAAUGCAGUCUGUUGAACCGACAAGACCGGGUGUUAUCCCAGAAGAAGACGGACGCCCUUCCAGUGAAUGGAAGGAUACCGCAAGUGGAAGAGGUAGAAGCUGAUCGCCCGGAACCGGCGAUGCUUGGACAGGCUACUACCGGCCACAACAAGGAUAUAAGUGCAAGGACUACAGGGGGACGGACCAGACCGGACAACCGGCUAUCUCUCCCAUCUAUUCUGUCCUCGGGUCAAACAGCACCAUCUUCUCUCAUAUCCCAGGGCAACUUCCAGGCGCCGGAUGGUCUGCUCGAGAUGGAAGACUGGGAGGUUGCCCCCGGCCGUAUCCGAGAGACCUCCGCCGCCGGCCCCGAGACAAUUGCCUUCUCGAAACCGUACCUCUCGACCAGCUUAGCCGUCCCGGUCUGCGACGACGUCGCUUUCCGCAUUGACACUAUCUCCCCAGGCAGUGACCUGAGCUUCGCACCCGAUCCGAAUAAGACACUGCUCUGCUCGGUGGCCGUUGGCAAGGUGCGCGUCAAGGUUGGGACCGAAGCGGAGUUCGUCGUCGGCCCGCACGGCAUGUUCAAAAUCAAAGCGGGCACGGCAUGCAACGUCAGUAAUGGCCUGUACCUGGACGCAGUGCUGCACACAACCGUCUUGACCGGGUACACCUGAUCUAGCGAAGCCAGCGGGCGAUGUUUUGAGGGAGGUCGUUAUGUAUUACUAGUAGUUUGAAGAGGGAAAUCUUAGAAAACCGUCACGUCGACAGCAUUGGAAUUAGGACAAAGUUAGUAUUUAAUAGACAGAGGAUGAUAUAUUAAUUAAUA